AGCUCUUGUGGCUGUAGCUACUCGCGAGAUCUCUUCUGUGGGCUUGGAACCGACGGAAUUCUCUGUGCCUCUCUUGUCGCGCGGAACUAAUGUUUCUCAGCCUGGCAGCUUGAGUGGCGAUGACUGGUAUGACAAUCCUCAGGGUAUCACGAUGGGAUCCGCAGAGAAGCCCAUACGUAUUCAGCAUUCAAGCACGAGGCCUGUGUUUCGCUGCGACAGCAUCUCGGCGCGAAUCACCACGCUUGUCGAGGAUAUGGAAGCUGCGAAGGAGGACAAGCUGCGGCUGGAGGCCAAGGCGAUCAGUGAGUGAAUGUUAUGAAUGUAACCGUCCACUGAUUCCUGAAUCGCACGAACCUCACCGUAGUUCUGGAAGCGGAGGUGAUGGCUUGCAAGCAGGAGAAAGAGAUACUGGGGCAGGAAGUCUUCGAGCGCACCCGGUCAAUCCUCAACCAACUCCAGGGCACACUAGCGGAUGUCACGACGAUGCAGGCAGAUGUGCGAUUGCGAUACGAUCGGCCGGAUGCCAGAAGGCUCAGGCGCGAGUCUGCGCAUACAUAGUCCGAGUUGGUAUCCAGCGCAUGGCGAUACAGCGAAUGUCUUCCUGUUCCCACUGGAUUGGCGACACAAGACUACUGAGAAAGCACAUAUCUAUGGCACUGUCAUCCGCUCCGUACCAUGAAGUUGUUGCUACACAGAUUCGCAGCCUGCGUGAACUGCCAGGUUCUUCCUUAUCUUUACGCGGCUCUCCCAAUCGAGACCAGAAUGCAGCCACUACUUACGGCUUGGGCGUGAGCGGUAGGAGGAGCUUCUGAGUUCUGCUAAAGCGCAGCUCAACUGAUCUUUCUCAGGUCGGAAUACCUAUUGAAGGCGCCGCUCAGGACCCCUCCAGUGGGUGAGCGAACGAUACACAUAGUGAUGGCAUAUGCGGUGUGGGGUGAGAACGCUCGUGUGCUCGGUGAAGCUCAUGAGUAUCUAUAGCGAUAGGAAAGGCGAGUAUAGGGACACGCGUGCGAGUUGCGCAUUAUCUAUGGUCGCAAGAACAUCCUGAACACACGAGUCAGAUCAGCAUCGA